AUGCUGUUAACUGUGCUUGUAAACUUUUUAAUAUUUGUUGCCACCUCUGAAGCUAUGACGAUGAAGCAAAUCAGAAAUACCGGCAAAAUGAUGAGAAAAUCUUGUCAGCCGAAGAAUAAUGUUGAAGAUGAGAAAAUUGAUCCAAUCAAUGACGGCGUCUUCAUUGAUGAGAAAGAAGUUAAGUGCUACAUGGCGUGCAUUAUGAAAAUGGCUAAUACGCUGAAAAAUGGCAAAUUUAAUGCCGAAGCUGCAAUAAAACAAGCCGAUUUAUUAUUACCCGAUGAGAUCAAGGAACCAGCAAAAGCAGCAAUCACAGCUUGCAAAAAAAUAAAUAAUGAUGAUCAAUAUGAGGGCCGAGAUAUGAGAUUAGUACCUAGGUAUAAAAGGAUUAUGAUAUUGCUUAAUGACAUAUUAUUUGCGAACAGCAAUCAAUUCGACGACCAUGCUCUUUAUUUUUUAUUUUCUAUGUGUUUGACAGUACAAAUAGUGCAUAGUAAAACCGAUGAAGAAAUGUUAACAUGGUUAUUUCGCCAAGCCUUAGAAUGCAACAAAGACUAUCCCAUCACACAAGAAGAAAUGCAAAUGCUUCAGAAGCAAAAAAUGCCAAACUCAAAAAAUGCCAGAUGUUUGAUAGGGUGCGUCUUUAAAAGAGCUAAAUAUAUGGAUGACAAGGGAAUGUUCGAUGAAGAAAGUGCAAUAGCCCAAGCAAAGAAAAAUCAUGAAGGUGAUGCGACGAAGAUCGAAAACUCUAAAAAACUCAUGGAAAUAUGCAGAAAAGUAAACUCGGAACCAGUCGAGGACGGUGAAGCUGGCUGUGACAGGGCACAGCUUCUCUUCAAAUGCUUCAACGAAAACGCACGUCAGUUGGGAUUCUCGAUGCACCCAAUGAAAUCAAAAUAG